UCCUACAGAGAACGUACUGUCACUUCCAUCACAUAAAUAACAAAACUCGCCAGGCAAUACCACACCAGACAGAGAGAAGGAAGAGAGAGAGCUCUACAGACCACUAUCCUUUCAGUUCUACACUGUGAAAGAAAGCUCCACUAUUAUUUACCAAAUUAAAUCAAAUUGACUAAAAAAACACAACUAAAAUGAGUGAGGAGGCGAAGAGAAUCGGAGCCCGAGGUCCGAUCCCCAAGUCCACCUCAGACGAUCGGAAGCCCUCGUCGGCGGCGUCUCCACCGCCGACCGGCAAGAAAGUCAUUGUCAAGAGCGCCGAUAUGAAGGACGACGUGCAGAAGGAGGCCAUCGACAUUGCCAUCGCCGCGUUUGAGAAGCAUAAUGUGGAGAAGGAUGUUGCAGAGUAUAUAAAGAAGGAGUUCGAUAAGAAGCAUGGUCCAACUUGGCACUGUAUCGUCGGCAAAAAUUUCGGUUCUUAUGUGACUCAUGAGACAAAUCACUUUGUGUACUUCUAUUUGGACUCGAAAGCAAUCUUGCUAUUCAAAUCUGGUUGAGCGUGAUGCAAAUUUACUGGGAUAAUGACGUUGAUGAUGAUGCUACAAGCAACGGACGCUCUCUCUGAUUACAAUUAGUACGAGAAAUUAGGAGAUGGUCUCGGACAAUGUGGUCCAGUUCAAUCAAAGCUCUCUAAUUAAGAAAAGUGGACUAAUAGCCCUGUUUAGCAAUCGCUUUUGCUUAGUGCUUUUGUUUUGACCUGAAAUAGAAGUAAUGUUUCUGUUUUAGAGUGUGUUCAAUACUAUUUGGAAGUAUGUUUGGUAACGUUAUAUUUGUUGUAAGAUUUUUAGAAGCAAAAAUAUUAAAAACAUGUUUGGUUAAAAA